AUGUCGACACCGAACCAGCACUAUCUCAGGAUAUCCCAGCGCAAUGCAGAGGAGUCGGCGCUUUUACGCCUGCCCCCAGAAAUACGAAACCUGAUAUGGUCUUACGCUGUACAUGCAGAAACAUUAGUUAGCGUUCACCUCGUUAGCCGCCGGUACCCCACAGAAUGGCCUGUACAGGGCAUGAGUCGAGUUUGCAGACAAGUACACGCAGAAACUCGGUUGCUUGCUUACACCGUUAAUACCUUCACGUUGGUCAACACAGCCUAUCUUACGGCAUGGCUCAUGAUGCUACUUCCCGAGCAGAAAGCCGCCAUACAGCGGAUUCAAGUUGGCGACUAUCAGUUCUCGUAUGAUUUCCUACAACUCCUUCCAGGCUUGAAGUCUAUCGUGGUGGAGUGCUUCUGCAAUAAGGCUGUCGUCGACGAUUGUACAGAUGGCAAAGCUAUCAUCAAUCAUUUGGAAGACAUCUUGGGUAAUUCCGGUCUCAAGAUCCAACGCCUGCCGAUGUUCUUGAAGAUGGCCUUUUCGGCCCUAGCGGGAGACGAAGACGAGUUUGCCGCACUCUGGCCCCAGAUUCCGCCGCUCGAGCCCGUUGAGGCUGAGGCCACCGUGCCCUCCAAGCGGCCUGCGAAGAAAGAGGCGGCGGGCGCCGAGCCGCCCAAGAAGAAGAAGGACAAGAAAGACAAGAAGGAGAAGGAGAAAGAGAAGAAGAAGAAGAAGACAGCAACGUUUGUCCCUGUCGAGUUCGACAACAAGGGCAAGCAGAACAUUCCUCCGGAUAUGCACUUCAAUUCUAUCAUCGUCUUGGGCGUAAUGCUCUCUGGAGCUGUGGUCUCGGCCGCUGAUUGCGGCGCCUACGGUCUCUGUGGUGUCACUCGCGCCUCAUCCCGCUAUCAGCUCUAUGCUGCCCGUCAACACGUUUGCGGUGACGCUUUAUACAAGAAUGAUGGAUCGCUCAAAGCUGAAGGUGGAGGCAGACUCACUUGGCCUGGAGGAUUCGAUCAGCGGAGAUGCUGGGACGCAUUCGAGAAUAUCCUGAACUAG